GCGCCCCGGUCUGUCGUUUCUGUUUGCUACUGGCUGACGGCUAGCCACGCAGCUAGCAGGCUAACAAGUUCCUGUGUGUGUCCUGCAGGCUGUGAUGGCAGCAGGGGGAACCCCGGGGCCAAAGGUCACUGACUGUGUGACCAAGGUGGCACUGAGCAUCUCCUGUGAGAAACUGCUGGACAUGGAUGCCUUCUCAAAGUCUGACCCUCUGUGUGUGCUUUUCAUGAACAGCUCAGGGCCUCACUGGUGUGAGAUUGGCCGGACAGAGAAAAUCGAGAACUGCCUUAAUCCCAAGUUUUCCAAGACUUUUGUCAUUGACUACUACUUUGAGAUGGUGCAGAAACUGAGGUUUGAAGUGUACGACAUUGACAGCAACACCUGCAGUCUAAAUGAUGCUGACUUCCUGGGAGAACUGGAGUGUACCUUGGGACAGGUGGUGUCUUCAAGGAAACUAACAAGACCGCUUGUCAUGAAGGACAAGACGCCUGCAGGGAAAGGAAACAUCACUAUAUGUGCUGAAGAAAUAACUGACAACAGGGUGGUGGAAUUUGAAGUUGCAGGUAGAAAACUGGAUAAAAAGGAUUUCUUUGGCAAGUCCGACCCUUUCCUGGAAUUCUACAAGCAGGCAGAAACUGGAUGGCAGCUCGCUCACAGGACAGAGGUGGUUAAAAACAACCUAAACCCAGUAUGGAGACCAUUCCGAAUCCCGCUGCAGUCACUCUGUGGAGGUGAUGUGGAGAAAUCUAUAAAGGUAGAUUGUUAUGAUUACAACAGCAGUGGAUCUCACGACUUUAUCGGCUCAUUUGAGACCACACUCUCCCAAAUUCAGCAGGCAUCAGAAACAUAUGCGGCUGAGUAUGAAUGCAUCAAUAGCAAGAAGAAACAGAAGAAGAAAGGAUACAAAAACUCUGGCAUUAUCAUCGUAAAAAAAUGCAAGAUUGUGAAGGAGUAUACAUUUCUGGAUUACAUAAUGGGCGGCUGUCAAAUUAACUUCACCAUUGCCAUAGACUUCACAGGCUCUAACGGGAAUCCCAGCUCUCCCCAGUCCCUCCACUACAUCAACCCUCAGGGCUAUAAUGAAUACCUGGCUGCUAUCUGGACAGUGGGUAAUGUCAUCCAGGACUAUGACAGUGACAAAAUGUUCCCUGCUUUUGGAUUUGGAGCCCAGAUCCCUCCUUCGUGGCAGGUCAGCCACGAGUUUCCCAUCAACUUCAACCCGGCAGAUCCGUUUUGUGCAGGCAUAGAGGGUGUGGUCCAAGCCUACCAGCAGUGUCUGCCCCAGGUGAAGCUUUACGGCCCCACAAACUUUUCCCCGAUCAUCAACCACGUUGCCCAUUUUGGCAGGCAAGCCAUACAGCAGGAAACUGCCUCUCAAUACUUUGUUCUGCUGAUCAUCACUGACGGAGUGAUCACAGACAUGGAUCAGACACGCAGCGCCAUCGUCAACGCCUCUCGUCUGCCCAUGUCGAUCAUCAUCAUUGGAGUAGGGGGGGCCGACUUCAGCGCCAUGGAGUUCCUGGAUGGGGACGAUGGAAAUUUACGCUCUGCUGCAGGCGAGGCUGCCAUGCGGGACAUUGUGCAGUUCGUGCCAUUCAGGCAGUUCCAAAAUGGUCCUCAAGAAAUGCUUGCUCAGAGCGUCUUGGCAGAAGUACCAGGUCAGGUGGCGGACUUCUUCAGAACCAUGCGUUUGAAGCCACCCAACAGCGACACACCUCUCCCUGACCUCUCAGCAUCAGCACCCCCUCAGUGACCAACUUUUCCCCUCUACAGUCUACCGCAUGCAACAUCCAGUCAGUCAUGUUAUAACUUGUAAUUACCAUGUACCAUUAGUAUAAAGCCAUAGUACACAGAUAUUGUGUACAUUUACUAACAUGUACUUAACUCAGAUAUUUAAUGUGACACAUAUGUCUCAAUGUGACUCAAGUGCCAGGAUUGUUGAGAUUCAUGGUCAUUUAUUAUUUGAUUGAUCUGCACAGUCUACUGCAUUGCUUUCAACUAUUUUAAACUCAGCCAUCCUAUUAAUCUGUCAGAAUCUCUAAAUGAAAGGGCUGGACUACUCUGUGUUUUCCAUGUUUAUGCUUUUAUUUCCUCCUGCAUCUCCAUAUCAUAAUGACCACUUUUGUGUUGGUUCUCACUCUUUAAUGUGUCCUUGGGAAAUGAAGCAUACAUUUCCAUUGAAAUCAUGGAUUUUGGACACAGCUGUGCUAUAUUAAAUACAAUUCAGUCAGGUUUACAUGGAUCAGUACAUAAUGUACGUAAAAGUUUGCCUUAAUUAAUACCUUUUGUAGAUUUUAUGCUACCAAAACGAUUACAUUGUACCUUUACUGCUAUUUCGUCAGUCAGUUUUUUUUUUUUUUUUUUUAAUUCUCUUUCAUAUGUGAUUUUGUCAUAUUUUGUGAUAUGAGUGUUAACAAUAGAAGCAAUUGAUUACAUCAGUAAGCUUCAUGCAUGCAGCUGUAAUGCAUGUUUACGCCAAUGAACACUAGAAGUUGACUCUGUCUUAAGACAUUGUAAAACAUAUCACUUUACUGGCCUUAUACAUUUCAUUCAGUGUACAUGUAUAGUUAAUAUACAUGGAUCACUGUGGCAGUCUUAUUAUACUUGUCUAUGUCAUUCACUUUGAUUUUAUUGAUAUGUUUUGUAAAUAUAUGCAAUGCAAUAAACAAAAAUAUCUAAGCACGUACAAAAUAGCCAGCUUCUAUUUCAGUAUUUUUUUAUAUAAAAAUAUUAGAUCAUUUGGAAGUGUUUUUUGUUUUGUUUACCACUGCCUUUCUGUCCUGACAUUAAAUAAGCACUGUAUGUAUUUUAACAAUGUAGUGAUUCAUAUUCACGACAAAUUUUGUAACAACCAAAGUAUUGUAACACUGGACUUUGUCCUAGGAUGUGCAUCUAAAAGAAAAUGAAUACAGUUCCCUGUCAGUUCUUAACACUCGUGCACACAUACCCACACAUGUAUUGAGUGAUACUACGAUGCAGCUUCACCUCCGUUCUAAUGUGAAUGUGUCAAUAUGUCAGUAUAAUAUUACGUUUGACUUUUCUCUUAGCUGAUUG